AUGCACUUCAUAAAAUCGAUGGUCUUGGCUUCACUAGCCGCAGCAACGAGUGCACAAGUGACAGCUUCUAAGAUCACACAAGGCCUCAGCGACAUCAAUGCCAAGUCGUCAGAAGCUGCUACCAUCGCCGAUAACGUUUCGCCAACAAAUGUCUUUAGCGAAGCACCAAAACUGGUCAACAGCAUGAAAGAGCUUAUCGAUCUUGAGACCACUCAAGUCGCUGCUCUUCAAAACAGGAAACGCGCCCUCAAGAUCCGUCAGACCGUGCCCGACGUCCCGGAAGAGUGCUUGAAUCUCCCUGAGCCAGAGCUCCAAGAAUGCAUCGAUGACUUGGUGCCCAGCUCCUCGUCCACAACUCUGCAAGCACGUCAAGCAUCUUCUGCGUUCUCAACUGCCGACCAACAAGAAGUGUGCGAAGCUUUUGACGUCUAUGCUGCGGAUUCGACCAAGAUGCUGGAGAGUUUGAAUGCGCAGGCAAAGUUCCUUCGUCAAAGCACGCCUUUUGCGCCGCCCAUUGCGGCCGCUCUACGAUUGAUUGAGAAUAGCUCGGAUGCUUUGGCGUUUAGUAUCGUCGAAAGGAUUCCAGAUUGUGCAGAAGGCGUCAAGGCCAGCCAGGAUAAAUAUGCGAGAUUUUUGAAGACGGUGCUUGCGGCCUAUGAGUAA